CAGACUGCGAACCGUACCAAGCAACGAAACCUUCCAGCAGGCCUGCUGCUCGUUGUCCCUGGUCUCAUCUUUUCCAAGCUCUCUGGCUUCUUUUCUCUUGCAUUCCCUUUUUCGGUCGCGCUCCUCCGUCGCUUUCAUCCACCACGCUCUGGCUCCGGAUCCGCGGCCGUGUUCUCCGCUGUCGUCGCGAUGAGAUCCUUACUGUCGUUUACGAUUGAGCAUUUCUUACUGUUCGAGGCGACUCUACUCCAAUACGCGAGCUUCGUUGCUGCAGUCACGAGCCCCAGCAACCUCAGCACAAGCCUGUCGGUUUCGUCGUGCUCAGGAUGCGCAAUUUCUGCAACGCAGACAUUACUGUCCUUUCCCCAAAGUGUCCAAGAGGUCACCUCAAGUCUGUCUGUCACUGUCAUUCCGUACGUGACAGUCUACGACGACGGCACGAGCAUCACAAAUUAUGCGACGUACACCAAGUACAAGUCUGGACAGAGCACGCAAGGCCUGGCUACGUCCCCCGCUCCUUUGACGUGGGAAACGUUUGGAACCACAUUAACAUAUCCCACGACAUACUAUGCGUAUCUUGGAGUUUCUGCCGGCCCAAACAAACUGUCUGGUACAAUAUGCCGUGCAACUCCCUCGCCUGCCGUGCUUGAUCCGUCCGAUCAAGCGCGUCUAGUGUUCCCGUUCACAUCGGAAGAGGGCAAUGACGUCCCGACGAAGAGCGCACAAUCCGUCCUCGACUCGCUGCCCACCAUCAGUGCGCUAGUCUCUCCGAACGCACCGGCUCAGUGCUCGCAUGCGAUCGGCGUCAUCGAAUUCUCUUCCGCAACCCCAGUAGCAACAGAGUCAGGAACGUCUGCCGCGUUGGCGGCCGUGGUACACACGAGCGUACGCUUCCUCACCACCCAAGGCCAAGCUGUGGUCACGCGUGCUUCCGGGACUGCGCCGCCCCCGCAGUCGCAAGUCAAUGACAACGGUGGCUCGUCGCCUUCUCCAACCAAUGGUGGGCAAGGGGGUAACAACAACCAGCAAUCAACGCCUGUCAUCAAUUGGGGCGGCUCCACAAUCACCGCUGGGCCCAGUGGUGUGUGGAACAUCGGCGGCCACAGCGUCACCGCGGGAGGCUCGGCUCAAAUCAUCGAUGGAACGACGGUUAGCAUUGCCGCCGGUGGAUCAGUCGCCGUCAUCAAUGGCCAUACGUCCAGUCUGGAAAGCGCAAAGCCCAGCAGCAGCGGCGGACUUUCACAAGCCACGGGAGGUGCUGGCGGGCAGGUCUCCGUCUUUGUCCCUCUUGCUACGUGGUUUGCCGCAAUUUCGAUAGGAUUCUUGGGUCUUCUUGUUGGCGUUUAUCUAUAAAGUGGGGGGGUGUGGUUCGAUAUGAUGCUCAGAACAUCAAAUCAGGACGUUUCAAGUCAUGACUGACAUGUGUACAAAUUUGGAUAAUGUAAUCAUUAUUUCAGCGAAACCAUCGACGCUCGAGCAAUCAUGAGCUAUUUGUUUUUUCCCAUCAA